AUCACAAACACAAGAUAGGAUUGGUGUCCUCAGCCUGCUGGAUAUGAAAGCAUUCUCCUCUUUGUUGCCACUAAGACCAGUUCAAGAGCCCAUAGUGGACAUAGAGCCGGAGCCGGACCCCUGCAGAACAUGUCCAGUUUGUUCCUCCCUAUUGAAGCCUGUUCUGGACCCAGCAGGGAAAACCCUGCCUCUACAGCAGUGUCCACUGUGUCAAGCAGCUCAGCCGCUGUGUGAGCUGUGUCUUUACCCGUGCUCAGAUAAAGACACCGCCACCUGCACCAACAACUCCUGCCAGCUUGUCGCCACACUGCUUUCCUGCGAGCGGGUCACUGACCUCACAAGCAAAGUGUAUGGUUGCCCUCAAUUCCGUGCCUGUCCCAAUUGUCACAGUCUGAUAAUGCAUGAGCGAGGGUGCAAGUAUGUUACUUGUACACAGUGCAGCCACAAAUACUGUUUCAUCUGCCUGCAGAAAACAGAAGAGUGUAGAAAGGAUGCUGGCAAAUACUGGUCCCUGACCUGCUCCAAACCACGAGCAGCCAGACAGAGAUUCCAAACUUGAACAUGAUAGUUCACCACAACAUGAGAACAACUGAGAAACAAUAGUAGAUUUCUGUAAUCACUGAUGUUUUGUGGUAACGUAUUUUUCGGACUCUAAGGCACACUUAAAAUCCUUAAAUUUUUCCAAAAGUCGACAGUGCGCCUUUUACAGAGGUACGACUAAUGUAUAAAGUUUACCAGUCCGAUAUUAAGAAGCAGUAAGCCACUCCGCUGAAGUACAGCAUUAUAAGGGUGAGUUUUCAGUAAAAUUUCUCCUGCACCAAGACUGAGUGCAGCAGCAUUAGCAUUAGCUGCUAACCGCAGCGCUAGUGCUUUCGCCAUUCAGAGGCGAGUAUAUCAGACUGUAGUCUGCGUGUUUGCUGUGUUAAAACAAGCAACGUGGGACAAACCGCUAGCUGAUAACGCUCUGGGUUACCAAAACACUCAGGGUUCCUCAGUCUACCAAUAUUCGGUUAGCAGCUAAUGCUAAUGCAGCUGCACCCCCCUUUAGCGCUUGAGAAACUUCACUGAAAACUCACCCUUAGACAAAAUAUUAGAUAUCUUAGCUUACUGUAAAUAAACAGAAGUGCUUUACUCACCCAAAUAAACAGUUUUCAGGAGAGAAAUCUGUGUAGAUUAACAUCCAGCACUCAUUUGACUUUAAAAAAAAAAUAGAUAUAUUUUUAAGGAUUACAGUUUUGUUCUAAUUAAUUAGACUGUGAAGAGUUUGGAACAAAAGAAUAACAGAACAAACAGAAUGUGAAUUCACUACAUAUGUAAAUAAACUUUAACAUAUUUAUUCUGUGCAAUUCUGUGCAAGGCCUUAUAGUAUAAAAGAAAAAAUGAAAAAAAAAAAACAGCAUAUAAAAAAGGUUCAAACCUCCUAAAAGUAAUCAUAUGAAACAAAUAUACCAUUUUUGUUACAUUUUUAAUUUUUUGAGUGGGCAUAUGUUUGCACUGAAAAAAAAAAUAGGGCUGUCAAUUAAUAAAAAAAACAAAUGAAUCACGGUUUGCUUUGAUUAAUCAGAAUGAAUCAUAUUUUAUCUACUUAACACUGAAAAUUAUUUUUAUUUUUGAAAUGUUAAAUAAACAAUUUAAUGUAAGAUAAUCACAGUUGGAUUUUAUUGUAUUUAAUUAUGUUUAAUAAAUGAUAUAUUUUUAA